UUCCAGUGAAACAAAACUUUAGCUUGCAGCCAGCAGUCGAGUGAAAGAUUUCGUUGCGUGCGGUAGCAAGCAACCUGUUCUCCGCGGGUACCUCCUUAAAGUGUCGUUGCAUACAGUUUUCGCGAGUGUGUGCCGAUUCGCAGGAUUAAAAAUUCAAUACACAGUGGCUAGAGACCAAACUGGAUUUACGACUCAACACAGUCCUGGUCGUAAUGAAUAUUUAUCAGCGUAAAAACGAGAAGUAAAACCUCAGCGGCUUAAGCUGACUAGUUCGGAUAGUGAACAACAGAAAACGACGACAGUCGGUGACUGAAAGUGAAAAACUGAGAAUUUUUUCUGCUUUUGAAGGCAGUCUGUGUGUGAGUGUGUGGCGAAUCAGAUGAAGUUUGCGCGGGAGUGAAGAAACCACGUUUCCACGGACAAAGUUCUUGCUGUGGGUCUGUGCAACGGCAGCCCCGUUGCGGUGUACCGAUCCUAGCGUGUAGCGGUGGAUAACCGUUCCGGUGACGGAGAGAAAGGAAACCACAUACCAUAAACUUACGACAAGAUUUUCCCCCUCGAUCGAUGUUUCUCAUACGGCAGUGAGGAUUUUUGUAAGCUGGGAACACAACUGUUGCACAACUAUCAACGGUAUUGGGUUGCACACCUGGGUUCACCACAUGAAACACCCGCAGUCUGACAGCAUCAAGACCCACCAUAACACUAUCGCACAUUCCGGCAUGUUGUUUUGACACAAUCGAAACUGUGAAUAGUACUGUGGUUGUGCGGAUUAAACGAAAAACAACCAUUCAAAGUGUUGUGCAGUGAAUCUAUUUAGAUCAAAAUGGACGAGCCGACGUCGUCCAACAGUGACCAUCCGACUGGCGAUGGUUACGCCUACAAAAACGAGAUAUCGCUUUCUAUUGGCGAUGAGUUCCAGAAUUCUGCCACUAACAGCACUGCGGUGCCAACCCCAUCACCGCGGCAUAUUGAGGUGCCCGUGCCGACCGACGACAGUGAAUAUACAACGCUCCAGGAUAAUACGCAGAAUGGUAAUAAGUUGAACGGAUUAGAUAAUCCAGCGUUCGAGCCGGAUAAAGAGAAGCGGCCUCUCAGUUCUUUUGGCCACACCGGGGAGAAAUCUCUCGGUGCCGUUUCGGCCAACGGAAAAGCUAACGGUGAGAAACCUCUGGCGGAAGCAGUCAAUUUGGAACUGUUGAACAUGUCUAAACCAGUCAAUGGGCACAAGAACGGAGCGAGCGCAUUGCCCGCGAAGAAAGAUACCGAAGUGGACAUCGGGGAUCCUUACGACGAAUAUUUUGUGCCCGUAAAUGAGCACCGGAAGUAUAUGAGCGUUUCAUUCCAAAAACCACGCCACCACGCGUAUGAUCAUCAUAACAGCGGUGUAGAUUACACCGGACACUCGGUCAAUGAGCCGGCGCAAGGAACUGUGGACUAUAAACAGUGGACCAAGAUCACGAGAGGCGAGAAGCUGUACGUGACCAAGGAUAAGCGCGAGAAGAAGAAGAAAAACUGGGUCUGUUGGCUGUUGGGGUUGGCAGUGCUGAUUGCCGUGAUAAUCGUCGCGAUCCUCGCCGGAUCGGGGGUGAUAUUCAAUGAAAAUCCAACGCCCGUUGAGUCGCGACAGUUCGCCGAAGGCGGUGAUCAGGUGGCUUCGGCAGGCGUGUUCGGAUCAGGUGGUAGCGCCAAUCAGAUACCGCGACAGGAGAACAAAACAACAACUACGGACUACCCUCUAACGUCAGCACCACCGGGAUCUACUGUGCCAGCCAUUCCACCCACCACGGAGGAGAAUAUUGUGUACGUACCGAACACCGUUGAAGGUCAGAUCACGUUAGCCAAUUUGGAGUUCCUGGAGGAGUAUCGAGAUCCAAACAGUUCAGCGUACAAGGUGCUAGCCGCAGAGCUAGAAGAGGAGAUCCGGGACAGUUUGAAUGUGCCAGGAAACCGCGAUGAAUUCUUCGUUAAAAUCGUGAGCUUGAAGCCUGGAUCCGUGGUAGUUGACUACCGCGUGAGCUGGGACAACUCCAGCUCUUUGGACAUGGAUACCAUGAAGGAACGUCUGACUGACUAUCUCUCGGACAAUCAGAAUUAUCUGGCCACAUAUAUCGUUCCGCUGAACACGAUUCGGGUAGCAAGGCUCCCCGAUAUAUGCUACUCAGGACCAUCGGAGAUGAAUUGCGAAUUUGGGUGCGAGUUUGACGCCCGUCUUGGUGACUUCAAAUGUGUGUGCCCUACCGGCAUGCUUCUCAACAAUGACGAUGGAAAAUCAUGCUAUACACCAGUUCCGGCCAUGCAGUUGGUACCGUCCCCGAGACCAGAACCAGAGCCCGCCAGUGAACCAGAACCAGCAAGUGAACCGGAACCUGAUAGUGAGCAUCAGCCUGCAAAUGAACCAGAGCCUGCAAGCGAGCCAGAGCCUGCAAGUGAACCAGAGCCUGCAAGUGAACCAGAGCCUGCAAGUGAACCAGAACCCGCGAGUGAACCAGAGCCCGCGAGUGAACCAGAGCCCGCGAGUGAACCAGAGCCCGCGAGUGAACCAGAGCCCGCGAGUGAACCAGAGCCCGCGAGUGAACCAGAGCCCGCGAGUGAACCUGAGCCUGCAAGUGGACCACCCGCUAUUUCAGACUCAUCAGCGGAUUUGACACCUUCAAGUUCACCCGAACCUUCGAGUGAACCCGAACCAACCAGUGCUCCGGAGCCAUCAUCGGAACCAGCACUUCAUGAACCUUCAAGCGAACCAGAACCUGCAAGCGAGUCAGAACAUGUAGCAAUACCGGAACCUUCUAGUUCGGCUGAACCAGAGCCGGAACCUUCUAGUGAACCUGAACCUUCCAGCGAACCCGAACCCGUGAGCGAACCUUCGAUUGUGAAGGAAUCAAGUGCAGCAGAAUCUGGUCUAUCGGGAAAAUUGAUCCUCGAUCCGACGCCGACGAGUGAACCUGAACCUUCAAGUGAGCCAGCUAAUGCAUCUGAACCGGAACCCAUAACAGAGCCAUCCGCUGAGCCUGAAGGUGAAUCUGCUAGUGAACCCGAACCGUCUAGUAAACAUGAUCCAUCUGCCGAGCCUGAACCGACAAGUGUACCAGAGCCUGUUAGCAAGGAGGAACCCUCGAGUGAACCAGAACCAUCAAGUGAACCCGAACCCACAAGCGAACCAGAAAUUACUAGUGAAGUGGACGACGGUACGAUCUCAUUGGAUAAAUCUUCAUCCCAUCGAGUGGUGAAUUUACGGGUACCUGAAGAUCAAUCGUCAACACCGGAGCCUGAGCCAGAAUCAGAACCAUCACCUGUGGAUAUAUCCAGCACUCCAGAACCCAGCAGUGAACCGGAGCCCACAAGUGAGCCUGAAGCAUCGAACGAAAACGACCUUAAGAGUGAAGUUGAAGAGAUUAAAAUUACAAGUAGCAUAUCGAAGAAUUCCGAUGAACCAUCUAGUGAACCGGAACCGUCUACCGCUUCUGAGCCUACUAGUGAACCCGAGCCAGUUGGCGAGGGCACUUCUGAAGCCGCUCUAGAAAGACUUCGCACCUCCACGGAGCACACAACGCAGCCGCAAUCGAGUCCCUCGAAUAGCAACGCUGAAGAACACACGAUGCCUGACUUCAUGAUCGUCGACCCGGAAUCGAUGACGAAGCAUUCCACCAGUACAGAAACGAGCAGUUCCACCUCAUGGAAGCCAGCUCCCGUCACGGAGACUAUCUUCGACGACACUCCUCAACCGACAAUCAGCACCUAUCUGAUCGCGGCCAAAACAACCAAAAAUUCCAACUUAGAACCCAUGAACGUUUUCGCCGGACGCUCGCUCGAUUCGAACGAGACGGAAUCUGCAUCAGGUAGCUCUGUUUACGCGACAUCUAGCCCCAUCCAGCUGGAACAGUGGCGCUCCUCGACUAGCUUUGCCAGUUCGACCGAGUCGUUGGAGCAGCAGCGCAUUCAGGAGGAAGAUAUGUCCCCAUUUCUACCCAUCAUCGAAUCGUCCAGUGCGAAAAAUCGCGGAACGUAUGCCGUGACCGAAACGGUUCUGGAGGCGGAAACUGUUGCCUCGAUCUUAACCCACGCUGACCAAUCGCCGUUUCUACCGGAACUCGAGAACAAUGCUACCUUGGUGAAUCUACUUCACGAGGGCCUGGAUCGACAGGAUGGUUACGAGCAGGAUCCCCCGCAACAAUACCUGGAAGUUGUGCCCCUGUCUAAGGAUAAUGAUCGGAACGAUUACAAGAAACAGUUGGACUCGGAUGUGGUUAAGUCUGUGUAUGUUGCGACCACUAUUCGCUCGUUCGAACCAAUUACGGAUUCGGUGGAGGAUUUGAUCACUGCAGCGAGCUCGAGGAAUGUGGUCGAACAAACGACACACAGCAAAGAGGAAGUCACUGCUUCGACUGAACAGGUUGAAGAGGCGGCUUCUACAGGUAAGCAGAAUGUUUCGACUGCAGGGGAGACAGAAGGUCGACUGGAAGAGAAGACUACCGAGUCGGUGGAAGAGAGGCCAACUACAAUGCGGUUGGAGUUGACGAAGGACGCCGAGGAAGUCCACACUACCGAAAUGAUUGAUGAGAAGGUCACCACUGUGGCAGAAAACUUGAAGAAUUCUCCAAAGCAGGAUGUAGAACGAAUUGAUACCACGGAAAAGGAUGAAGAACAUUCAAUAAAGAUAAAUGAAUCACCAAAACUUGAUGUCGAGGAAAUCAAUUCCACCGAGCGGGAGAUUGCCACGACUGCGCGAAUGGAGGAAUUGGAUGGUUCACCCAAAACAGAUAUAGAACUGGUUUCAAACAACACCAUGGACGAAUCUGUGGAAGCCACUACAAAAAUAGAUGCCAUGUUGGACAAAGUAACCACGAUGCGCAUAGAGGAGAAGACAACUGCCGCGAAAUUAGAACUGGAGGAAGAACGAUUGACUGUAACAAAGGAAGGUGAUGGAGUAACAUCUGCGGAUUCGGCGGAAAAGGAGACUACCGAGAUGCAGAAGGAAGUAGAAGAAACGACCGUACAUACGGCUGCCAAUAUUUCCACCACUACUGAAAUCGCAGCAAAAUUGAUCAACGAAGUCACCAAUGCUACCGUUGAAACGAGAGAACCUUUGCCCACCACGACCGUAAAACUUUCAACGGAAGCGGCGUCUACGUCAACCAGUUCGACCACACCGAGUGCCGAAAGCACCAUGGAUGACAUAUUUGAAAAAUCCUUCCGCGCCCUGGAUGAAAACAAUGAUAUCUCGGAAAAUGAGCUGAACGUUCUGCCGUUGGAGAGGAAGCCGAGCGUGUUCAAGGAGACACCUCCGCCAGAUCCAACAACUCUUGAUUCGCUCGGUAGCCAGGAGUCCACGUUCGAAACCACUACCGGUCAUUUUUUAGACGAAACGACGUUUCAUUCGACUAGAUCAGAACUAUCGAAUGAAACGUCGUUAAUCGGGACGAGAAAUUCUGAAAUCAAGGACCUCGGCGAGUUGAUGGCGAGCGCAAGCGGGAUGUUCACCAAGUGCGCUGUUGGGCAGUUCGAGUGCGUCAACGGUACAUCGAUCAAGGACGGAGGCUCGUGCAUUCAGAAGUCGGAGCGGUGUGACUCGGUGUCACACUGUUCGGACAAUUCGGAUGAACUGGAUUGCGAGCGACUGGGCUGUCCAGGGCACUUCCAGUGCAAGGAUGGAUUCUGUUUGGCUCGGCAGCACGUUUGCGAUGGAAUUAGUCAUUGCAACGAUGGCAGCGACGAGUUGGAUUGCAACCAGUGGCAAUGCAAUUUUGACGAAAUAUCUUGUAGCCCUGGUGGAGUUGGAGGACCUUGCUUGCCUGCACUGUGGAAGUGUAACGGGUUGGAACAGUGCCCGAAUGGAUUCGAUGAAACGAACUGUCCGGACACAUGUACGAAUGAUGAGUAUUUCUGUGUUGGACAGCGCAAAUGUAUCCCGGAAGCGUGGCGAUGCGAUGGGAAGGCAGAUUGUAGUGAUGGCGAAGAUGAGAGGUUGUGCGAUUGUCCGGUAGAUAACUUCAGAUGUAACACAGGAGGUUGUGUUCCGAACAACCACGUGUGCGACGGACAACCAAACUGUCCAGAUCUUUCGGACGAAUGGCGGUGCUUCAACGAGGAAGAAGGUCUUAUGAAGGUACGUGUUGGAUCACAGCAGUUCAACCCUUUGUGUGGCGAUCACUGGACUAUGGAUCAUUCCGAUGUUGUUUGUGCUGAGCUGGGCUACUCCAAAGCUAAGUCAUUCUCGAUUUCGAACGAAACGGUAGGCGCUUUAUCCUACGAUUUUGUCGGCACAGUGAACGGUUCGAAUUUGCUGAAUAGUCUCACGUUGGCAACCGGUUGCUCGUCAGGGUUAGUUAGCAUUGAGUGCGAGCAGUAUCGUUGUGGAAAAGAGAGCGUUACGCCCUCUUUGGAUCAGCGAAUAUCAAAUGGUAUCCAAACGGAUCCGAACCAGCUGCCAAGCUUAGCGUUGGCUUUUAGCAAUAAUGCUGCCAUCAAAUGCACUGCAAAUAUUGUAUCUCCUCGAUGGGCAAUUGCCAGUUACUCGUGUAUCAUGGGCAAAACCGAAUUCAUUGACAACCGGAAACUGGACGAACUCAACUGGAUGCUUUUCGCUGGAACGACACAGUUCAACUAUUCGCUAGUCAGUGAAAGCGACAAAAACAGUUCCUACCAAAUAGUGGAAGUCAAGAAAAUUGUACCAUUCCCGCAGGCUAAGUAUAGACAGUUUCUGUACAUCGGCGAUAUCGUGCUCCUGCAGCUAGCCAAUCCGCUGCAGUUCAACGAAAUGAUUGGCAGUGCCUGUCUCACGGAAAGCGCUCAAAUCGAUCCCGAUCAGCUGUGCCUAACUGCCGGAUGGGGCGUUGAUCCGAGCGAUAUGGCCAGCACCGAGCAGUACCUCAAGUACCUACCAGUUCCAACGAUGCCAACGGAAAAAUGCAACUCCAGCCUGCACUACAAUGGAUCGCUAACCAGCGAUGCAAUCUGUGCUGGUUAUCUUAGCAGCAGUAAGACCACCUGCUAUAACGACGAAGGCGCUCCGCUCAUGUGUCACAUCCAGAGCAACGGUCAGUGGCGCCUCGAGGGGAUCCUCAGUUACCAUGGUAAUUGUGGCAAGCGACCACAUCCCGCCAUCUACAACUCGAUUACCUCAAGCAUCUCCAAUUGGAUUAGGAACACUGUUGGGAAUGAUCUGAUGUUCGAUAGCGGCAGCAGCAGCACUAGAACCAGUACUACCAGCGUAACCCCGUCAAGUACGCUAUCAACUUUGAGUGAACGGUGAAACGGCCAAACGAAAUUCUGUAAAUAUGGUGUGUAUUAUAAUGAGCACGAGGAAGGAAUUCUUGAGCAAGGACAAUUAAACAAUUGUGUAUUUAUAGACAGAACCUUGCGAGUAGAGCGAACAGACGAAAGAUAUUUCGUGUUUAUUUUUUAUUUUGAUGUAAGAAAAUGUCUGAUAAGCAAGUAAACCUAGUCACAAAAGUCGAUUAUUUUGUGCCAAUAGUUGCAAUGAAAGAGAUCGAAAUCUGAUUUUCAGUGGAAUGCAUGGAGCGCAUGGAGCAAAAAUAAUAGACAUAUACGCCUAUCUUUUAAUGUUGUUUAUCUAGCCUUCCAACGGGAAACGUAGUAUACAAAAUCUACCGCUUUUUCGGAAUUUGUUAGUGUUACCAACAGUGCGAAGCGACUUCGGUUAUCCUUCAUAUCGAGCACUGAAAUUUAUUUUUGUGUUGUUUUUAAAUGAACGGGAAAAGUGAAAAUUGAUCGAUUUGUAAAUAUACCCUUUACUGAUUAAAAAAACCUAGAGAUAAGCUGCUUAAGAAUAUGAUUCGACAAAAGAAUGAACAUAAAUAUGAUUCCAACUCUUUGCAAUAAGUUUUUGCACAAGGGACUUUUUCAAUUGCAAUCGUAGGGAAGUAGGACAAUUUUUUUUAUUAAGGUUUGUUCUUUUUGCAUACGAAACGUGUCUUGUUAUUUUCUCCAUAUCGUUCAGUUUUGUCAUAAAUACUCAACCCAAAAAAUUCGACAGUUCAGACGGCGAAAAUAAACAAUCGACUCCGACAAAAAAGAAAAGUGUAAAUUCUAAGUUUUAGGUGACCGAGAAUGAAUAAAACAUAAACAGAUAAAUUUAUUACCUUAAGAA